CUCUAAACUUUAGUGUGGCAGAAAUUUCUUAAACAUUUAAUACAUCACAAGAGUAAAACUGACUCUGACUGUAGGUGACGUGUCUGAAUGCAAGAAAGCCAUUCAUAAUGAGGAUUGAGUUUGAAAAGUCCCACACAGAGAUGUAGUGGGCUGUAGGUGUUUGGAGCAACUUUCUGAGAUGUUUCAGCGUCUUUCCUUCAUGUAGGAAGCCAUGUUGAAGAUUCACCACAUACAUCAACAAGAUUGCAACAGCAUAGCUAGAAUGAAGGAUAUUAUGCCUGCGUGGCUGUCCAAUCAGAUUUCCUGAACUGGCCUGGUGGCCCUUCUGUUGGACCAAUCAUGAUGAGAGAAUCACAAGAUGAGUCCCAAACCAGUGGCAUCAGAGAAAGUUCUGCUAGCACGGUAUCCAAUGGUGUCUCCGUAGGCAAGUUAAAAACUCUGAAUCUGCUGCAAGGCUUACGCUUGUGUCAGGAUGCCUGGGCACCCACAAGCCCCUGGGAUAGACAUGGGGCGUACGCCGCUCUAUGGGGCAGACCUGCUGGGAGUUUCUUGGUGGUCCAGGGUUCUUCCUCUGAAGACCAGCUGCUGUGCGUGUCUGUUGAGGAUGAUGGUGAGCCAGUCAAAGACUUCCCAAUCUUUGCCACUGGAGCAGCUGUUCGGCUGAUAGCAUCUCACCUGGUGUUCCCAGAUCUCUUUCAACUGCUGAAUUUCUACACUCUGAGCAGGGAUGUGUUACCUGUCUGUUUACUGGUUCCAUCAUGGGUUUACACCCUUAACAGUUUACCAGACAAUCUCGUCCCUCCACCUGGUCCAAAAGCUUGGCUGUGUUCGUCCUCAGAUCCAGUGGUCAACAGGAUGACUCAAGGUACACCAGGUGCAGAGGAAAUUAAAGAAACUGUCAUGUGCACUAUACAGCUUACAGCCACCAGUGGUGCACUGUGCUUCAUCAAUCCUUUGUACCUGCUUGAGCAUGGUGAUGAUUGGCUGACUCAUUCUUCAACCAGCCAACAUCUUGCAAAUCGUCCCAUCAGUUUGAGGCGGGAGAGGCGAUUAAGCACCACUAGAGCAUGGGAUGGGAGGGGACUAAAACAGAGGCCAGCCUCCCUAGACGAGGAGAACUCCAGAAGUAUUGGCCGUGACAGAGGAUCAUUUGAGGAGAGUACCGGGUCUCCAGCUUCCCCAGGUGGAGUUGUGCUUCGCAGAGGAAGUGGUCCUAGCCAACAAGACCCCCUCAAAAGGGCAAGUGCAGACUCCAUCCACAGCCCUCUUCUUCAGUCACCACAUCGUGUGUCAUGGAUAGAGGACAAGAUAUGGCUGAACACACCACCUCCUACCUCUAUGCUUCACCCACCCUGCUUAGAGCUGGACUCUCUGUCAGUUAGUAGUAUAGAGGAGGAGCCUGAACCAGCCAUGAGCCCUUCCCCAUCCCAACACCUGCCACGUCUACCUUUGGCAGAUAAGGUGAAGAACCGGCUCUCGGCAGUGGGUCAUGCUCUGGGUGGUCUUGUGUCACCACAGCGACGACUGAGUAAACGUGUUCAUGAGAUGACAGAACGUAAGGGUGGGGCUUUUGCAGAGGCUGUCAGGGCAUUUGUAGAGCAAACUCUUGAAGGUGGGACCACUCCUGGGAUGACCUGCACUGAGAUGCUACAAGAAGUGCGUUCAUCUCUUACUGCUCUAAGGGAAACCCUAUUUGAUUACCCAGAGAUCCAAAGCAUCACAGACAGCCUCGGAGACACACCUGAUUUUGAACUUGAUGCUAUGUUGGAGUUUGCCCUACAUAAAGUAGCUCUGAAGCCAGUUUACGCUCAUCUGUACGUGCAUCUAAAGACAGCACGCAGGGAUGAUGGCACUCUGCAGCGUUUGGAGGCCAACAAGAGUAUGCUGGAGAAGCGCAGCCUAGAGGAACUGGAGGGUGCAGCAGGUGCCGGGGUACCUGAUGCUAUCAUGAUGGAGAAGAUCCAGCAGCGCUGGACCAUGAUUCAUGAGACCUACUCACCCAGUAAAAAAGUUUACACCCUGCUUAAAGUCUGCAAGAAUAUCUACCAUAGCAUUAAUGCUAAUGCUAAACCUGGUGUGGUUUUCGGGGCAGACGAUUUCCUGCCGUGCCUGACGUGGGUAUUGCUGCGUAGUGAUGUAGCUACACUGCAGAUUGACACUGACUACAUGAUGGAGCUGCUGGACCCCACACAACUACAAGGAGAGGGUGGGUACUACCUUACAUCUCUCUACGCUGCCCUUUUUUACAUCAGCAGUUUCAGGCCUCGUCUAGCAAAGCGACAACUCAGUGCAGAAGCACAGAAGUCUCUCAGCCAAUGGCAUCGCAGACGCACUCUCCACUGUAACCAAUCACGGGGCAGCAAAAAUCGCAGGACCAUACGGAGGCGUGGGCCAACAGCGGCAGACUGUGCCGGAUCACAGGAAGAGAAAUCUUUGAAUGAGAGCACAAAUUCCGGCACACCAGUCGCCUCUAGUGUGCAGGAAACACUGCAGUGUUUAGAUGAAGAUUUAGAGGUUGUAAAGGAGGAAGAAGAAGGCAGCUCAGAUGAGGAACAAAUACAAUUACUAGAGACAUUGUACCUCACCAAUCCUAAAACAGAUGAUGAUGGAAGAGGUGCUGGGGUGAUCUGGAAAGAAGACGACUGAAAAUAUCUGCAAUCUGAGAGAAUUAGCAAACAGUAUCAAAGAACUUACCUCUCUCUGGUCUGGACUUAAUUACAAGUGAAGCUGGCAAAGGAGUUUUGCAUUCCUUAAACAUUUAAAAAUGUCUUGCAUACUAACAUUAGUGUUUAAAAAACUGAUUUAAUUUAAGGCACACAAAGGCACAGAGUAAUCUGCCAUAAUUAAUGUGUACUAUACAGCCUCUGUCAUUUUCAUUGUAGCCACUAGUAAGAACUACUGAACAUGUUUUUCUAUACAUUUAUUAACAAGGACAUCAAAGGUUUUGUUUAACAAAAGGGUUCUCAUACUGUUGUUGUAGCUUGUUUUGGAAAAGGUCAAUUUUUAAAUUAUUAUUAUUAUUAUUAUUUAUAUUCACAUUGUAUUGUCAUUUAAAUGCUGGAGUUUUUUUUUCUUUUCAGACAGUAUAUUUUGAUUUCUUGCAUCACCUCUCGUCUGUUUAUUGAACAGAUAGCUCUGGCUUGCACUUUCUGUACACAUUAGUCAGCUUAGACUUAAUAUAUCAUGUGAAAGAUUACAAUUAGAGGAUUGCAUGUAAUAAUUCACUUGCUUUAUUUAAACUGCCUCACAGCACAAACAAACUGUUUAAAUUAACUUGCAGUAUAUAUGUAAAUGAACCACAUAAAAACAUUGUUAA